AUGGAUCCGGGUCACUAUUCGCGGGAAUCCUCCACUCUCUCUGCCGCGUUUCUGGCUUCUCUUGCGCCCUCCGUGUCAGACAAAGAUGAAGAGCUCCUUCCUUCUCCUUCAGCGUUUCACUGCACGUGGGCAGUCCACCGCGCAGCCUUUGAUCCGGACCGGAGUGGCGUGUCUGCAUCCUGUACAACGCCAAGGACGGGGGACGGAAAGGACGCCAUGGCAGCGUCCAGAUACGCCAGUGACUGGGGUUCGUCUUGGAGUUCUCAAAAGGUCUCGAGGAACCUGGUCCUUACGCUCUGUCUCGUCAUCGUGACUUUCACGUCCUCCUUGUACCGCUGCGUGGAACCCCUGCAGGCGCUGAUGUCCUCAUCUCCGCACUUUCUAGAGAAAGAGGGUCUCCACUUUGCAGAUGUCCACAUCGUUCUUCAAAACAGCUUUGCACUAAGCUCGGGCAUUGGUCUGCUGAUUGGUCUGUUCCUUGCCAACGUUGUCACCCGUCGCUGCUCGCCCAAGAUCCUGGGCGUCCUGUGCGUCGUCGCCUCCGGGACCGGUCUACUGCUUUCGGCCUUUGCCGAUUCGACAGCUGCGAUGAUGGUCCCCAUUGUGCUUCUCGGACUGACCUGUGCGAUGACAAAUGCGUUGCUUCCUGUCGUGUCCCUUUUCCCCGAAAAUGCGGCGCUCGUCUAUUCCCUUGUAUGCGCGGGAGAUUUCACGGGGGUCAUUCCGCUCCAGCUCUUCCGCUGUGCCGUCGAGUUCUUCAAAUGGAACACGCGAUUUGCCCUCUCCGUGUAUGUGGGGACGAUUUACCCAGUCCUCCUCCUCCUCGUGAUACUGCUGCCUGCUUCGCCGUUCUCUAAACCUGAGGAGCUCGAGGCGUCUGCGUCUGAAGACGAAGAGAAACGUCCUUUUCUCCAAGGCGCUGCGGCGAAGCGAGACGGGGGCGCUGACCUCGAAGGGGGGACAGACCUGGAGCGGCCAGCGCGGACACUGUCGGUUCCCGCAUCCGACAGUUCCAUUGCUGACUCGCCCGGCACGUUUCCACCUCAGCUUUGGGGUCUCUCACUGGGACAACAGCUUUGCUCCCUACACAUCUACGGGCUGUCUCUUUGGUGGCUAGCUUCGUCCAUCGGGACAGAAACGCUUCGGCUCUACUAUCGGCGGGCCCUCAACACACAUUCGGACGCGGGCGCCCAUGCAGCUGUGGUUGUCGAGCAAGUUUCCAGUUGGGCGGCGUGUUUCAGUUGUCUAGUCCUUCCCGCGGUUUACUGGUUGCACUGGAAAGGCGAGCAGAGCCACCGAGAAAGGCUCGAGGAACUACGUCGUCUAGAGGAAGCGUUUGACACGGAUGCAGAAGGAAACAAUUCGACGGCUGGCCUCGGACCCUCCAGGGCACCGGGGCAUGUGGAACACUGGGGACUCCAAGAGGGAGAGAAAGGGAUCUUCAAACGAAUGUGCGUAUGGUGUCGUGAGAGGCUUUUCGUAAUCCCCCGAAUCUCACCAAGAGCCUUGGGAUUGACAUCCAGUGGGCUUCUCGCAGUUAUCGGACUUCUUCUUCAGUCCGGUUCCGUUGUGCCAUGUUCGAUUGCCAUGGCCUUCAACUGUAUUCUCCAAGCUUUGGCGCCGACCAGCAUGUUCCUGAUUCUGGCAAACACCUACGGCCCGCGGUAUUUUCAGCAACUGCUGAGUAUCCAAGUCGUGCUUCUCGCGUCCGUAGGCCUACUCGCUCCUCUUUUCCAAAACGUCCUCUUCACCGUUCUCCGACUUCAAAGCGGGGCGCUGACCGCUUUGCUUCUUCUUUGCGCCUUUGUCGGCGUUGUUCCUCUCCUCUGUUUCCGCUGCACUCCUUGCGACCAGUUCGAGGGAAAGCGCAUGAUAAUUGCAGCUACCGGUCUUCCCCUUGCGCUAGAGCGACAUUCAGUCGCUGCGAUUUUCCGUCAGAGUGGAGCAGAUGCGCAGCUUAUUUGGGGAAAGCGUAGAAAACAGUGCAGAUGCUGA